AUGAACAGUCAAAAAUUUUUAUAUUGCUCUAAAGAAUAUUAUGAGAAGUCUCUGGAGUCAAUCAACUCUAGGCUACAGCUUGGUAUGAAAAAUGGAAAGUACGUGCUGGGGUAGAAGCAGACGAAGAUGAUCAGACAGGGCAAGGCCAAAUUAGUCAUCCUCGCCAACAACUGCCCAGCUUUAAGGAAAUCUGAAAUAGAAUACUAUGCCAUGAUGGCCAAAACUGGUGUCCAUCACUACAGUGGCAAUAAUAUUGAAUUGAGCACAGCCUGUGGAAAAUACUACAGUGUCUGCACAUUGGCUAUCAUUGAUCUAGGUGAUUCUGAUAUUAUUGGAAGCAUGCCGGAGCAGACUGGUGAAAAGUAA